CUCUGUCAGUGCUUUUCACUUCUCUCCAAACACUCCAACGCUAACGGCAAUUUUCUCCAACAAAUAUGAAUUAUUUUCACACAUAUAUGACAUAUGCAUUUGAAAUUACAUAAUGUUAUAUAUAAACACACACAGUUACACACACUACACACAUCUUCCUCCUUUUAUAUCUACACUGUCGUCUCUCUCUCUCUCCCUGCACCAUGGAAACCUCCAACUCUUCUACGGUUGAGAAAUCAGAGGUUGAGAAUGGCCAAGACUUUAAAGUUCAUGUUUUCUCAUCAUCAUCAGAGUUGCAAGAGAAAUUGCAUGAAAAGUGGAAUUCUGGGAUAGAGCAACCAUACCCUGCAAUGUAUUCUAGUGUUUUUGGUGGAAUUAUUCUUGAUCCUGCAAUGAUGGUUAUCCCAAUAGAUGAUCAUAUGGUGCAUCGAGGACAUGGUGUGUUUGAUACAGCUAUUAUUCUUGACGGGUACCUAUACGAGCUGGAUGUCCACUUGGAUCGUUUCCUUAGAUCAGCAGCAAAAGCAAAGGUCUCUUCUCCCUUUCCUCGGUCAACUCUUCGAAGCAUUCUUAUUCAGCUUACAGCAGCAUCACAUUGCAAGAAAGGAACUCUAAGGUACUGGUUGAGCUCAGGUCCAGGAGAUUUCCUACUCUCGCCUUCAGGGUGCCCGAAGUCUGCAUUCUAUGCUGUAGUGAUCAAGGAAGACUUCUCCCAGUGCAAAGAAGGUGUUAAGGUGAUAACAUGCACUAUCCCCAUGAAGUCACCUCUAUUUGCCACCUCAAAGAAUGUAAACUACCUCCCAAAUGUCCUUUCAAAAAUGGAAGCUGAAGAGAAGGGAGCAUUCGCUUCUAUCUGGAUUGAUGAUGAAGGUUAUAUUGCCGAGGGUCCAAAUGUGAAUGUGGCUUUUAUAACCCAUGAUAAGGAACUCAUUUUGCCUUCCUUCAAUAAGAUCCUCAGUGGAUGCACUGCUUUGAGACUUCUUGAACUAGCACCCAAGUUGGUUGAGCAGGGUCGUCUGACAAGCGUGAAAAUUGACAACCUUACUGUGGAUGAAGCCAAAAGUGCAGCGGAAAUGAUGUAUGUUGGAAGCACACUUCCUAUAUUACCAAUCAUCACGUGGGAUGAGAAACCCAUUGGAGAUGGAAAGGUAGGAGAAUUGACAAUGGCGCUUUCGGAUCUACUUUGGGAUGAUAUGGUAGCAGGCCCUGAAACACAAAGGCUGCCUGUUCUCUAUGCAUAGGAAAACAAAGUUAUUCAAGUCAGAUUACACCGGGAAGUAAUGCAUUUGGUUUUGCAUUUGAAUCACCUCACUGCUUAUGAUUGUCUUGUUUGUUGGGUAUGUUAGCAAAUGUCCUGUCAUGCUGGUCUUAUUGCUUGUUUGUAAUGAAAAUGGCAAAAGCAGUAUUCAGUAAAAAUAUUGAAGCUUAUCUCAUCUGUGGAAAUACCUACAAUUGGAGCUUGUCUGAUCACUCCAGAACUAUGUUUGCAAUUAAAAAAUAUCUCUCUCUCUCUCUCUAAAUACUUUAUUCAUUGAAAUUAAAUUAUUUUGAUGGUC